CCACACCUCACUUCUUGCAAGUAAAUAUGCAAAGCGACGAUGUUAUUUGGUCAGUCAUAAAUCAACAGUUCUGCUCCUACAAGGUCAAGACCACAACACAAAACUUCUGUCGAAAUGAAUACAACGUUACUGGCCUAUGUAACCGUCAGUCCUGCCCUCUCGCAAAUUCGAGAUAUGCCACUGUACGAGAGAAGGAAGGUGUGCUUUAUCUGUAUGUCAAAACUAUCGAGCGUGCACAUUCACCUGCACACAUGUGGGAGAAGAUAAAGCUGUCGAGUAACUAUUCUAAAGCCCUCGAACAGAUCGACCAGGAGCUAAUACACUGGCCAAACUUCUCCAUACAUAAAUGCAAGCAGCGGGUUACGAAAAUCACUCAAUAUCUCAUCAAAAUGCGUAGACUGCAGCUUAGACAACAACCCAAGCUCGUAGGGGUGAAGAAAAAACUCGAUCGACGCGAAGCCGUUCGCGAACGAAAGGCACUCUCCGCCGCGAAAAUUGAAAGAUCGAUAGAGAAAGAGCUGAUUGAACGAUUAAAAUCAAAAGCGUAUGGUGAUGCGCCUCUCAACGUGAACGAAACCGUUUGGCAGGCCAUACUCGACCGCGAGAAAAGAGGCGACAAGGGCAAAGGGUUGGCCGAUGGUGAGUUUGACAUGGUUGAUGAUGAAACGGAUGAAGAAGAUGAGGACGAGCUGGAGGAAGAGAUGGAAGACGAAUGGGGAACUCGCGAGUUUGUUAGUGAUAUUAGUGAAGACGAAAGCGACGGUCUGAGCGAUCUUGAGGAUGUUGCGGACGACGAGCAGUCAGAUGAAGAGGAUGAAGACGAAGCCUUUGAAAGCGAGUCAAGAGAAAAUCUUCAACCCAAAAGUUCUCUGGGCAAACGAAAAGCACCCUCAGCCUCUCAGCCCAAGUCCCCCAAGAAACGGCCAGACAAGAAGGCAAAAAAAGGUCCGCGAGUGGAAGUGGAAUACGAACAGGAACUGGAAACUGUACCGUUAUCUCUCUCCAACUGGUGAUAUUGGGAUUCUUGGAGUAUCAACAUAUCCUUUGAGCAUCAACUUAUAUAUCCUCCAUUCGACUGUCGCUAUCGCUCAAACCCCACGUCAGUUUAAGAAAGCUGUUCACUGAGGACCAGUUUAUACAUUGAACAUGAGCCCUCUUUAUUGGGUUGGUGAAACAGGUACAAAAUUCGUUGUCAAUAUUUUCCUACAUGGAAUUGCUAGCAAUGGCACGGACAGCAAGAUGAGCAAAAACAUGGCCGCGCCACUUCACCCAUCACAAGAAGUACAUCGUUUUCUUGACAUUGUCAUGGACUUGCCCAAACUCUGCCUUCCAAGCGUCCAAAUCCAAAGUGCUUGAGUCAUUGCCACUAACGAGGCUUGCGGUGUCGGAGCCGUGAUAGCUAGAGUUGGGAGGUAUAUGAAACCCCAUCCGCUGACAAACCAACUAAGAACGGGGUUGUCAGAUUUCCGUCCUACAGGGAAAG